AUGCAGUUCUUCAAGUUCAUUGCUUGGGCAGGGCUUCUGACUCUAUCAAGUGCCCACAAACUCACACAUUCCACCCGUGCUACCUUCAUCCACCCAGGCCUCCUCCAUACAGCCACCGACUUCAAAAGAAUAAGCGAGAAAGUCGAAGCCAACAUCGAACCCUGGAUAACUGGCUGGACCAAGUUAACAAAUAGCUCAUUCACUUCUCUCACCUACACUGACAAUCCCAAAGAAAUCGUCUACAGAGGAAGCGACGGCACCCACUCUGAAAAUUACCCAUCUCUCUACAAAGACAUAGCCGCUGCGUAUGCCAUGGCGAUAUACUGGAAAGUCACGGGAAACACAACAUAUGCCGAUAAAUCUAUUUCCAUUCUCGAUGAUUGGUCGUCGACCUUGACACUCAUCUCUGGCAGUACUGAUAUGUACCUCGCUGCUGGUAUUUAUGGAUAUCAAUUUGCCAAUGUCGCUGAGAUUAUGCGUGAAUAUAAUGGUUGGCCAGAUAGCUCGUUUGAACGCUUUGUUGGUAUGAUGGUUGAUGUUUUCUAUUCUCUCAAUCAUGAGUUUUUGAGAGAUCAUCAUGCUGCCGCUAUUGAUCAUUACUGGGCUAAUUGGGAUUUGUGCAAUAUUGCUUCUGUGCUUGCCGUUGGCGUUUUGUCGGAUAAUCAGACUAUGUAUGAGGAGGGCAUUGAUUACUUCAAGAACGGAGCUGGGAAUGGGCAGAUUGAGAAGGCCAUUUGGAAGCUAUACAACGUUGACAGUCAAAUUCUUGGGCAGGGACAGGAGGCUGGAAGGGAUCAGGGUCAUUCCAUGCUUGAUUUUGCGCUUUUGGGUCCUAUUGCUCAGAUGGCUUAUAAUCAGGGGGAUGAUUUGUUCGCUUAUCUCGAUAACCUCAUUCUGGCUGGGGCUGAAUACGUUGCCAAAUACAACCUCGGCUACGAUGUUCCCUACACUACUUAUACGAACAGCGAUGUCACCCAGACUGUUAUCAGUAAUAGUAGCCGAGGCGAUAUUCGCCCGAUCUGGGAGCUUCUUUACAAUCAUUACGGUGUCUUAAAAGGGCUCAAUGUCACUUAUACUAAAGAAUAUCGUGACUUGGUGGUGACUAAUGGAUCAGGGGCCGAAGGUGGAGGUGGUUAUUAUGGGACGACUAGUGGCGGGUUUGACCAGCUUGGAUAUGGUACUCUCAUGUACACGCUGGAGUGA